CUGUAGCCGUCGAUGAUCAACACUCUUCUAAGACACACCCUUUACACCACAACUGAAGAAGGGCCAAGGUACUUGAUACAGCUACAGAGGAAUCCGCACCCAUUGCCACCAAAUCCACACAAAAUGGCUACCCCCGAGCAACAGAAAUUCGCCACACAGAUCGACGCCAACCAGCAGGCGUUGAUUGCCCGUCUGGCCGAGGCGGUCGCCAUCCCGUCUGUAUCGGGUGAUGCGCGGUACCGCAAGGCAUGCUUUGACAUGGCUGAUUGGCUGCUCGCCAGCUUGACCAAGCUGGGCGCCAAGGGAGAGCUCAGGCCGCUGGGCAAGCAGAACCUCGAGGGCCAACAGAUCGAGCUCCCACCUGUGAUCCUGGCGGACUACGGCAACGACCCCAAGAAGAAGACAAUCUUGGUCUACGGACACUACGACGUGCAGCCUGCACUCAAGAGUGACGGAUGGGAGCAUGAGCCAUUCAAGCUGACUUUCGACGAAAAGAGCGGCCGCAUGUAUGGACGAGGCUCGACCGAUGACAAGGGGCCCAUUCUGGGUUGGAUCAACGUCAUCGAGGCGCACCAGCAGGUUGGUGUUGACCUACCCGUCAACUUGAAGAUCUGUUUCGAAGGUAUGGAGGAGUCCGGCAGUGUCGGCCUAGACGACCUGGUGGAGAAAGAGAAAGAUGCUUUCUUCAAGGGCAUCGAUGCCAUCUGUAUCUCGGACAACUACUGGCUUGGCACAAAGAAGCCGUGCCUGACACACGGUCUGCGCGGUAUCCAAUACUUCAAGCUGGCCAUCAACGGUCCCGGCGCAGACUUGCACUCGGGCGUCUUUGGCGGAGUCGUGCACGAGCCUAUGACGGACCUGUUCGCGAUCAUGUCCAAGCUUGUCACGCCGCAGGGCAAGAUUCUCAUCCCUGGUAUCAACGAGCUCGUCGCGCCGCUGACGGACGAGGAGAAGAAGCGGUACGACGUGAUGGAGUUCCAGAUCAGCGACAUUGACGAGGCAACCGGCAGCCAGACGGCCAUCAGCGACGAGAAACAGCAGGUGCUCAUGGGCAGGAUGCGCUACCCUAGCUUGUCCCUGCACGGCAUUGAGGGUGCCUUCUCUGAGCCUGGCACAAAGACGGUUAUUCCCAGCCGCGUCGUUGGCAAGUUCAGCGUCCGACUUGUACCUGACAUGACCCCCGAGAAGGUCGUGGAGGUCGUGGAGAAGUACAUCAAUGAAGAGUGGAAGAAGCUCGGCUCCAAGAACACUAUGCGCCUCGAUGCCGAGCCCGGUGGAAAGCCAUGGUUGGCAGACCCGAACCACUACAACUACCGCGCUGCUUCCAAGGCGACCGAGACGGUCUACGGCGUCAAGCCUGACUUGACGCGUGAGGGAGGUAGCAUUCCUGUUUCGUUGACGUUCUCGGAGAUUCUCGGCAAGAAUCUGUUGCUCCUUCCGAUGGGUCGCUCGAACGACGGCGCUCACUCGAUCAAUGAGAAGCUGGACAUUUCCAACUACAUUAAAGGCACACAGCUGCUCGGGCUGUACCUGCACGAAGUUGCUAACGCCGCGUAGAUGUGUUCUUGUAUUGAAGCCCUCUUGUCAUGUGCUAGCAGACACUCAUGCCUCGCGAGCUGGCCAUGCCUGCAUCCUCACUGAAUCGCCCUAUCUACGUUUGUAAGA